UACCUUCUGGCUUCCUCCACUGCUGGGCACAAGACAUGGCCAUUCCUGGGUGCAGCCGUGCAGACGUGCAGACGCAGGCAGCAGCUGCACUGGGCAGCUCCCCGGACUCUCUAAGAGCAAGAGGCAGCCUCCUAGAACUGGCAGGAGGGGGAAAUGGAGGAGACAAGCCUGAGAAACAGGAGAGAGGAUGAGAGGUCUGUCCAGAGUAUCCAGAGUAAGGAACACAAGACCACAAGUCUCCAGAAGGAGGUGGGCCUGCUCAGCGGCAUCUGCAUCAUCGUGGGCACCAUCAUCGGCUCUGGGAUCUUCAUCUCCCCCAAGUCUGUGCUCAGCAACACAAACGCCGUGGGGCCCUGUCUCAUCAUCUGGGCAGCCUGUGGGGUCCUUGCAACACUGGGGGCCCUGUGCUUUGCAGAGCUUGGUACAAUGAUCACCAAGUCCGGGGGCGAGUACCCUUACCUGAUGGAGGCCUUCGGGCCCAUCCCCGCCUUCCUCUUUUCCUGGACCAGCCUGUUCGUCAUCAAGCCCACAUCCUUUGCCAUCAUCUGCCUCAGCUUCUCCGAGUAUGUCUGUGCGCCCUUCUACGCAGGCUGCAAGCCCCCCGAGGUCGUCGUGAAGUGCCUGGCUGCUGCUGCCAUCUUGCUCAUCACCACAGUGAACUCACUGAGCGUGCGGCUGGGGAGCUACGUCCAGAACAUUUUCACGGCAGCCAAGCUGGUGAUUGUGGCCGUCAUCAUCAUCAGCGGCCUGGUCCUCCUGGCCCAAGGAAAUACAAGGAAUUUUGAGAAUUCUUUUGAGGGCGCACAACUAUCUGUGGGAGCCAUCAGUCUGGCAUUUUAUAAUGGACUCUGGGCGUACGAUGGAUGGAAUCAACUCAAUUACAUCACAGAAGAACUUAGAAACCCUUUCAGAAACCUGCCCUUGGCCAUCAUCAUCGGAAUCCCACUGGUGACGGGCUGCUACAUUCUCAUGAAUGUUUCCUACUUCACUGUGAUGACGCCCACCGAGCUCCUGCAGUCACAGGCGGUGGCCGUGACAUUUGGCGACCGUGUUCUCUAUCCAGCCUCUUGGGUGGUGCCACUCUUCGUGGGCUUUUCCACCAUAGGUGCCGCCAAUGGGACCUGCUUCACGGCGGGCAGACUUGUGUACGUGGCUGGCCGAGAAGGCCAUAUGCUCAAAGUGCUCUCCUACAUCAGCGUCAAGCGCCUGACUCCAGCCCCUGCCAUCAUCUUUUAUGGUAUCAUAGCAACGAUUUAUAUCAUCCCUGGUGACAUAAACUCACUGGUCAAUUACUUCAGUUUUGCCGCAUGGCUGUUCUAUGGCCUGACAAUUCUGGGAUUGGUGGUGAUGAGGUUUACAAAGAAAGACCUGGAAAGGCCUAUCAAGGUGCCCAUUGUCAUCCCCAUCCUGGUGACCAUCGUAUCUGUGUUUCUGGUCGUGGCCCCGAUCAUCAGCGAGCCCGCACUGGAGUAUCUCUACUGUGUAUUAUUUAUACUGAGCGGCCUGAUAUUUUACUUCCUCUUUGUCCACUAUAAGUUUGGUUGGGCUCAGAGAAUCUCGAAGCCAGUCACCAUGCAGCUCCAGAUGCUGAUGGAAGUUGUGCCCCCAGAGGAGGCUCCAGAGUAACAAGCUCGGCCUCCCGCAGCCAAGGCCAAGCCGCCGUGAAUUUACUUUUACUACAGAAGACCUUUAUCCCAUGACUGCCUCUGUGAGCAAUGCUGGAAGCAUAGGGACAACGGUACUUCUACUUUGCAUUUCAGGAAUUUUCCCCAAACACGAAGUCAAUAUGUAUGAAUGGAACAAAAAAAAAUUGGUAAUUGUUUACAUUUCACAAGUCACUAUGUCCUACAAAAUGUUAUUCAGAACUUCAGAUGGUAAAUUUAAAUGUCUGAAACAAAGAAAUCAAGAUUUAAACAUCUUGCCCAGCUCCCCACACGAUUCCCCUCUGGCUGUUUCAAGAAGCAGAACCCCUGCCCCGAUUUAGGCAGCUCUACUGCUUGCCCUUAUUAUUUGCUGUUUUACAAAAGAGUGAACAUAAGCGAGUGUCCCUGGCAGGUGGCCAGCAAUCACGAGGCAAGCCUGGGCCACUCAGGCCUGGCCACCUGUCCAGAGGCCUCCCCCAGAGGGAGCAAAAUCUCUACCUACAGAAAGCGACACCUGCUGAGGACAAGAGCUCCGCGGAGUCAAACCUUUGCCAGACGGGGGGACUUCCAACCUCUGAAGAGCCUGCUCAACUUAGCCCAGAGAAAGGACAAUCACCCCGUGUGCCAAUCUGACACCCGCCGAGCAGCCGCCGAGCAGCCCCUGGGAGUCCUGGCGGCAGCUGCCCGGAGCCCAGGGCUGGCCUCAAGGUGCCGCUACCCAGCAGCACCCAGGGGCAGCCCCUAGAGCAGGGCAAGGCCACGCAGCGAGCAGAAAGUCUUAUUUUACAGAUGAGGAAACUGAGAGUCAGAGUGUGAUCCCAACCUGCUCACGGGACAUCCUGGUGACAGUAUACCUUUUGUUCAAGUGGUGGCUUAUCUACUGGGACAUCUGUGUUUUCUGAUGUAUAAUAAAAAAGUCUUGGGGGCAGCCA